GAAGAAGAAGCGCAGCAGCGAGACUUCCUUGUGGCCAAUGAUUCAUUUCUCCCUGGGAGCAGUUAAAGGAAACCAGCGUCUCCUGACCCGACAUGUCUACGGCGUACAGAAACAGGAUACAGGAGUUCAGAGUCGCCUUGGCUGAAGAGAAAAUCAACUUGAAGACACUGAGGGAGCUGUGCUUCAAUGGAAUCCCCUUUGAAGGAGGCAUACGAGCGCUCUGCUGGAAGAUCCUCCUUAAUUUCCUGCCUCUCGAUCGGACCCUGUGGGAGUCUUUCCUGAAAAAGCAGAGGGAGGUGUACUCCCAGUUCCUGAAGGAGAUGAUCAUUCAGCCGGGCAUUGCCAAAGCCAACCUGGGCCUUUCCAGAGAAGAUGUGACACUGGAGGACCACCCCCUGAAUCCAAACCCAGACAGCAGGUGGAACACCUACUUCAAAGAUAAUGAAAUUCUGCUGCAGAUCGACAAAGAUGUGAGGCGGCUGUACCCGGACAUGGCGUUCUUCCAGCGACCCACAGAGUACCCCUGUCAGCUGAUCCUGGACCCUCAGAACGAUUAUGAGACGCUGCGUCGGCGAGUGGAACAGACCACGCUGAAAGCACAAACGGUCAACUGCAACCGCAGCGGCGUCACUAACGUCAGCUCACCUGGAAAGGCGUUGAACCUGUAUCCUUCUAACGAGUACGAGGUGCUGCCCAAUGGCAGUGAGGCGCACUGGGAGGUGGUGGAGCGGAUCCUCUUCAUCUACGCUAAACUCAACCCUGGCAUCGCCUACGUUCAGGGCAUGAAUGAGAUUGUGGGGCCAAUUUACUACACGUUUGCCACAGAUCCCAAUGGCGAGUGGAAAGAGCACGCCGAGGCCGACACCUUCUUCUGUUUCACCAACCUGAUGUCGGAGAACAGAGACAACUUCAUCAAGAGCCUGGACGACUCGCAGUGCGGCAUCACCUACAAGAUGGAGAGCGUGUACUCCAUGCUCAAAGACAAAGACAUGGAGCUCUAUCUGAAGCUGGAAGAGCAGAACAUCAAACCACAGUAUUUCACCUUCCGCUGGCUCACCCUGUUGUUAUCUCAGGAGUUCCUCCUGCCAGAUGUCAUCCGCAUCUGGGACACGCUGUUUUCUGACCAGGACCGCUUCCAUUUCCUCAUCCUGGUCUGCUGCGCCAUGCUGAUUAAAAUCCUGUUUCAACUCCUCCUCCUCACAGACUCAUCCGGGCCAACUUACUGGCUGGAGACUUCACAUCGAACAUGAGGUUGCUGCAGGAUUAUCCCAUCUCGGACGUCCACACCAUCCUGACCAAGGCCAAAGAGCUGCAGGAUAACUCCUAACCUGCCCCCCCUCCUCUUCCCACCGCCUCCGCUCCCAUGUGGUAGGUGGGAGUUUCAAAACACUUAUUUUAAAAAAACAUUUGUUAUGUCAAAUGUGUCGUGGACGGACCUUACCGAUGAAGAGUCUGCACAGAUGUUUGGGACAGCGUGCAAAACCUGGAGGACAUGCUGAAACUUCGGCGAAGUCAGCGGAGGGUGCCGUGUGUCAUAAUGCAUUAUGGGAAAAGGCUCCUUGGUACGUGCUCCUCCUGCUCUCUCAGCCAUCUCUCCCAUGGAGACAAAACAUCUGGAGGAGGGCGGGGCCACAGUGAUCUUACACUACCAGUCGUAACCAGAUGUGUUCAAUGGAGGAGCUGAGAAUUGAACAAAAACUCCCACUGCGAUCACGUAUGUACUCCGAUUGAGUUUAACUGUGUUGAGCAAUAUGUGCAUGUUUGUUCUUAAAAUUUUCAAUGAUUUUUUUUUUCUAAUGUAAGAAACAUGUAUGCCUUAUCUGUUGAAGGAGACAGUAUUUCUGCACAUUUUCUCUCUGAUAUCAAACAUGAAGCGAUGGGCGCGCCUGUCAUCAUCUCUGUGGAGAGUCUGUGGAGCAAGGCACGUUUUUUCACACUGAACAUUGUUUCUCCAACCCAAAGAAACCUGACAACUCGGCCGGGCCCAGUGUGCAGUUAUUGUUGUGGAAAUAUCAACUUCAGGGUUUGGUGAUAAGUGUCUAAUCAGCUGAUUUAGUGUCUAAGCAGAGACACGCAGACUUCCCAGAAACCUCCCCCAGCUCUUCACGGGUGACUCCUGAGACAUACCCAAUCCUGCUGAGAGGAGAGGCGUCACCUCUCCAGUGUUCUGGGUCAGUUCCAGGGCCUCCUCCUCAUUGGACACGCCCAUAAACCGUCUCCUAGGCAGCAUUCAGGAGGGAUCCUAGUCAGAGGCCAGAACCACCUCAGCUUUGCUCUGAGCUCCCUUGAACCUGGUUGUAGGUUGGCAGUGACCUGCUGGAUGAUAGAAGGUUAAUGGAGGGACAUUUGAUUGGAGAUGUUUCAGAGCUCAGGCUUGUAUUGGUCGUUCAGUGUGGAAAGAGGCCGAGUGGACCUGAUGUUCUUUGGUUUAUCCCGAUGAUGUUCAGUGUGAAACGGCGUCCCGGCUCUUCGUUUUCUGCACACGUGUGAUCUGUGUGGCUUCAUUGAUUGUGGUUUGAAUGUAAAUGUGUGAGUGCAGAUUAAUAAGGUCCAGUCAUGAGCUCACUGAGUGAUGAUGCUCAUAUGAAGGCAGUCAUUCGAACCCUCUGUGGAGGAUUUGUAAAUGUGGCUCUGCAGGCUCAGUUUCAGGGCCAUGAAAGGACCAUUUUUAUCAUCUUAUUUCCUCAGAAGUUAGUUUGGGCAUUAAAUGAUAACAAUGAUAAUAAUGUUCUGCUUAAAAUCAAAUUAAUCUUACGAACUGUUGAAACGUCACCUUUAAGAUUAUGUGGGAGCUUCAUUGACUUUUCGCUGCAGUCUGGAACAGCAAAGGGCUCACAGGAAGUGCUACAUUGCUCCUUCACCUAAACUGAAAAGAUGUUCUUGCUCAGCUUCUCAUAAAGAGUGGACCUGCUCUUCUCUUCCUUAUUUCCUGUCUCGUAGCUCCUGUUCCAGGGGUGGGGGUUCCUAUUAAGGCCAAAGGUCAGGCUGCAGAGGGGCACGAGGGGCAGCCAGUCGGAAGAAAGCUGGCUUUAAGGGGGGAGGAGCUAAAACGGCUUGUUUGAGAACUGAGAGGCUGCUCCAAGGCCCAGUAUGAGAUAAAGAAGGAUUAUUUUGAACUGUGAAUCAUGCAAAGCUCCUCUGGAGGAGUCCAAGAGUAAAAACGUGGAGCUGGAAACGAGGAAUGAGUCGGCUUAGAUCUGAACCCAGUUCAGAGCCUGAGAAACAGCUGUUUUUAACUGUCAGUGCUUACGUAACACUAACUGUCAAUCAUCCAACAGCUUUAUGUGGAAAUGUGUCGGUAAAAAUUAAAGUGAAAUUUGACUUUAUGACCUUGUUGAGGCGCUUUAGGCUGUUCAGAAGAAAACACAAAAACUCAACGAUGUGACCGAAGAUGCUCAAAGUCGCACCAUAGAUGCACCAAUGAAAAAUCUUUGGACAGGUUCCAACCUCGGUGACCCUGACCUCGAGCUAAAGGUCAGAGGUCAGGUUUCAUAAAACCUUGUGAACACAUUAAGAACGAUGUGAUGUAUGAUGAUCACACUACACCCAUCAGACUUCAUACCCUUCUUCACUGACUUUACUAUAACUGCACUUUGACCCCUGCCCCCUGGCGCCCGCUCAGCUGCGUCUUUAAUGCUGAGCUGUUUUCUUGGGAUAUACUUUCACCUGCUUCUUUAGGCCUGCGCUGACGCUGCUGUAACGUUGGCAUAAAUUAGAAAUCAAACUGUGUCCAGUGGAGAUGACACGUUGCACUUUAGGAUCAUAUUAAAGAUGCCAAAAUGUAACCAGUGAGCAGUGUUGGACCCCCCCAAGGGUAAAGCUACGAUGUAAACACUGAUGUUAUUGAAAAACAGAAACGAGCUGAUUCUGAGGGGUCGGGGACUCAUCCUAACGCUCGUGUUAAAGUUCAAGGAUACGAUUUGUUUACCAAAAUGAUGAUGAUUAAGAUUUCUGCCAUAACUGCAGCUACAGAGAGGGUCGUGUUUCCUGUGCUGCCGUUAAAUCGAUCUCAUGUUUCUGAAACAAACGCACACUACAAACGUUUUCCUGUUUUUACCUGCCGCUCAUUAAAGGCCACCACGAACAUCAGUGUUUGUAGCCUCAGUGAAUCACUUCUAACCAUCGGGAGAAUCUGUUCAGGGUGAAAGGUCACGGCGACAAAGACCAAAACGAUUCUGUUCAGUCUUUUUACCACGUUGGGUUUUUCUUAUUUGAGGGACUGUUACUAAUUACAUCCACAUGCUCCUGUUUGAAUGUAUUUAUUUCUGUCCUGAUGCUGUGUGUGUGUUUGGGGGGGUCCUCUGUACUCAGUCUUAUAUCAGUUAAAUGCAUGGAAUCGAUUUUUGUGAGCUGAUUUUUGUAAAACGUCUCCAGUGUUUAAACCUGUAAAUAUGUUUUUACAUGUUUCCAGAUGUGCAUUAAAAUAUU